AUGAGUGAAGUGUUAAGUGGAUGCGAGUUGAGGACACAGAACGGUGACGUGGUGACGGCUGAUGACGCACUGAAGGAAAAAAUUGUGGGAUUGUAUUUUUCAGCACAUUGGUGUUUUUGGUGCAGACGUUUCACACCGACAUUAAAGGAGUUUUACGAAGAAGUUGGCAAUGAGGAGAUGGAAAUUAUUUUUGUGACAGCUGACAGGAAUGAGAAGGCGAUGAUGGAUUAUUAUAAUGAUUCACAUGCAAAAUGGUUGUAUAUUCCGUUUGGGAACUCGCAUAUUGAUAUGUUAUGGAAAAAGUAUGGCGUGCGAACAAUGCCGACACUCAUUAUUAUCAAGCCGGAUGGAAGCGUGAUCACCAGAAAUGGUGUUUCAAACGUUAAGAGGAGAAAACCCACUGAAACGCUACGACAAUGGAAAUAUGGUGAAGUGGUCGAAGAGAGCAAAAAGAAAUGCUCAAUUAUGUAA